GGCACAGUGGAUGGAAUGGUGACAGGAAAGGAAGAUCUUAGGCACAAACUGUACUCUCAAGAACCUGUACUAGUAUUCUUUAAUGGCAUUGUUAUUCUUACCUAUAUUCCCCGCUCCUGUGCCAGUGUGGGCAAUAUCAGUAAUCCUAUCAGUGUGGAUAAUAGCAGUAAUCCUAUCAGUGUGGGUAAUAUCAGUAAUCCUAUCAGUGUGGAUAAUAACAGUAAUCCUAGCAGUGUGGAUAAUAGCAGUAAUCUUAGCAGUGUGGAUAAUAGCAGUAAUCCUAGCAGUGUGGAUAAUAGCAGUAAUCCUAGCAGUGUGGAUAAUAACAGUAAUCCUAGCAGUGUGGAUAAUAACAGUAAUCCCAGCAGUGUGGAUAAUAGCAGUAAUCCUAGCAGUGUGGAUAAUAGCAGUAAUCCUAGCAGUGUGGAUAAUAACAGUAAUCCUAGCAGUGUGGAUAAUAACAGUAAUCCUAGCAGUGUGGAUAAUAACAGUAAUCCUAGCAGUGUGGAUAAUAGCAGUAAUCCUAGCAGUGUGGAUAAUAGCAAUAAUCCCAGUAGUGUGGAUAAAACAAUAGCCGAGAAAAUACAAUUAUGUAUGUCUCCGAGAUAA